AUGGGGAUAAUAGAUGUUGUUUUUAUUCAGUUGACAAACUCUGUCUUCUUAGUAUGGGUUGUGACAGUGCUCCUGUUCAUUUUCUUUAUAUCUUCUUCAAUCUUCAGUUCCCAAAAAAAUGGAAAGGAGCCUCCAGGACCCAGAGCAUUUCCUUUGGUUGGGAAUCUCCUGCAGCUGGACCUCAAAAGACUGGAUAACUCAUUAUUGGAGUUAUCCAGGAAAUAUGGAUCAGUCUUCACUGUCUAUCUGGGUCCAAAAAAAGUGGUGAUUCUGGCAGGAUACAAGACUGUGAAAGAGGCACUUGUUGACUAUGAUGAAGUGUUUGGAGCCAGAAUUUCAUUGAAGGUUUUGGAUGAUUAUAGCCAAGGACAUGGGCUCUUGUGGUCCAACGGUGAUUCAUGGAAGGAAAUGAGGCGCUUUGCAAUGACUAAUCUGAGAGACUUUGGGAUGGGCAAGAAAGCAUGUGAGGACAAGAUAAUUGAGGAAUGUCAACACUUGAUUGACAUUUUUGAGAAUUUUAAAGGAGAAGCUUUUGAUACAACCCAUCCAAUUAACUGUGCAGUCUCUAACAUUAUCUGCUCCAUUGUCUAUGGCAGCAGAUUUGAAUAUAAUGAUCCAGAAUUUACGUCGAUGAUAGAUCGAGUGAAUAGAAAUGCUAAAAUUCUGGGCUCUCCUUCAAUAAAGCUAUACGACAUGUUUCCAUCACUCUUCAAGUGGACUGCUGAUAGGAAGGAAUUCUGCAAACUGACUGAUGCCACUAUGAAACAAAACAGAGCCAUCUUCAGUCGUUUAAAAGAGACUCUCAAUCCACAGAUGUGCAGAGGCUUUGUGGACGCCUUUCUGGUCCGGAAGCAAAAUCUCGAGGCCUUCAGUUCUACCUUCUUGUUGGGGGCUCUGACGGUCCUCCUGCUCAUCUAUUUAAUCUCCUCUGCUAGCUUCAGUACCCAGGAUCCCCCAGGACCCAGACCACUUCCCUUGUUUGGGAACUUGCUUCAGAUGAACCUUAAAAGACCCUACAAAACAUUACUGGAGCUGUCCAAGAAAUAUGGAUCAGUCUUCACUGUCUAUCUUGGACCCCAAAAAGUGGUGGUGCUGGCAGGAUACAAGACAGUGAAGGAGGCACUUGUUGACUAUGAUGAAGUGUUUGGAGACAGAGAUCCAAUUCUAAUUGUGCGUGAAAUGAACCAUGGAUAUGGGGUUGUGUGGUCCAACGGUGAUUCAUGGAAGGAAAUGAGGCGCUUUGCACUGACUAACCUGAGAGACUUUGGGAUGGGCAAAAGAGCAUGUGAGGACAAAAUUAUCGAAGAAUGUCAACAACUGCUUGAAGUUUUUAGGAAAUUUAAAGGAGAAGCUUUUGACACAAACCAAAGAUUAUCCUAUGCAGUCUCUAAUAUUAUCUGCUCCAUUGUCUAUGGAAGCAGAUUUGAAUAUGAUGAUCCAGAGUUUACAUCUCUGGUAGAUCGAAUGAGCAGAGGUGCUAAACUUUUGGGUUCUCCUUCAGUACAGAUGUACAACAUGUGUCCAGCGCUCUUCAGUUGGACUGGUGCCAGGAAGGAACUGCUUGAAAUGUCUGCUACCAGUAGCAAACAAAAUCUUGCCAUCUUCAGUCGUUUAAAAGAGACUCUGAACCCACAGAUGUGCAGAGGCUUUGUGGAUGCCUUUCUGGUCCGCAAGCAAAAUCUGGAGGAAUCUGGGAUUACCAACAGUCACUUCCAUGAUGAUAACCUUUUGAUGACAGUAAUGAAUCUGUUUUCUGCUGGCACUGAGACAACAUCAACUACACUGAGAUGGGGACUUCUGCUUAUGGCCAAGUAUCCAAAGAUUCAGGAUGAGGUCCAGCAGGAGCUGAGGAGGGUCAUAGGAGACCGACAGGUGCAGGUUGCUGACAGGAAAAGCCUGGCCUUUACUGAUGCCGUCAUCCAUGAGAUACAGAGACUGAGCAGCAUCAUCCCCACUGCACUUCCUCACAAAACCACCCAAGACAUCACUUUUCAGGGUCACUUUAUCGAGAAGGGAACCACAGUUUUUCCUCUCUUGACAUCUGUCCUGCAUGAUCCCAACGAGUGGGAGAGACCACAUAGCUUUUAUCCUGCUCACUUCCUGGACAAAGAGAAAAAGUUUGUGAAGCGAGAUGCCUUUAUUCCAUUUUCUGCAGGUCGCAGGAUUUGCCUUGGAGAGAGUCUGGCCAAGAUGGAGCUCUUCCUCUUCUUCACCACCCUCCUUCAGCAUUUUCGUUUCACCCCUGCACCUGGAGUUUCAGAGAAUGAAUUAGAUCUGACUCCAGCUGUGGGUUUUACUCUCAGCCCUUUGCCUCAUAAACUGCGAGCUAUUUCCCGUAUGUAA